UUUAAGCAUGCAAUUAUAUUUUGAUGGAUUAUUCUCCCUAGGUGAACCUUUUAAUGACGCACAAUUGCUAACCGUACUUUUAAUAAAUGCCAUCAUUUUCAUUUCAUGUCAAUGACAUUAGUUUGGAUGGUUCAAUGUGGAGCAGGGAGUAAACUAUUCUAAGGACUGGAAAAUAACAAAAGUGCAUGAAGGCGAUUACUGUAGGUGUGCAGAUCAAGUGUAACAUGGAUCAUGUGUAACAUGGACAAGCAAUAACUCUAUGUCAUUGACUCUUUGCAAGAAGUUACGGAUGUUUAUAGAUUCAAGAUUCAAGACUGACUUUGAAGCUCAACUGGAUAGUCAGAUCUAGCAUCACAAGAAUAUGACAUAGAAUAGACUAGAAAUGGAACACAAGAAGCCGUUUAUAGAUGUCAAGGUAAAUGGAGUGAGUACCGGCCUGACCAACGCAGCCAGGCCUGAGUCUUCUGGUGAUGACCCUGAUGACCGGUAUGGUACCAGCACUGGACAACAGCAUAUCGUAAAGGAUAUAAAUAGCCCGCAUUCUUCGCAGAAAAAGACCUUUAAGUCAGUUGUUCAACGCCAUUUUGUGAAAGACAAACUGUUUUUCUUAGUUCAUGACCUCUUGAAAUCCAUAGACGACGAGAAGCAGGCUCAAGAAGAUCUUAUAGCAUCAUUUCGAACAGCUAGAGAAGUCACUGAACCUAUCAGAAGACAAAGUAUUGCCUCUGCUUCUCACCACAUAAAACGACGAAAGAGACGCGACGAUAAACCACUUCUUGAAAGAAUUAAACAAACUCGUAGAGAAUCUUUACAGCCGCUUGAAGACAUAGAAAUCUAUAACAAAAAUGCGGCUGCGGUGGGUGAAUUAAAACUUAAAGCAAAUGAGCUUGAUAAUGAGGGUGAUAAUGAUAGGGUAAAGCUAGAUCGGAUUGAAGAGGAACGCGUAAUAAGUCCAAUGAAGCCUCCGUCCGCAUCAGAAAAAAACAAUGUGAAAGUUGACAAUGAACAAGUUAACGGUAAUGAGAAAUUUGAAUCUUGUAGUAGUGAUACAGACAGUGCCUCAUCAAAAUCACGACAAAGACCUAAAAGCUCUCCAGCUAGUGAAACAGAAAAGUUGUCCGCGAUUUAUCAACUGAAUAAAGAUGAAAACACAAGUGAAGUCGAUCAGCUGGUUUUAGAUUCGGUCCUUCGUGAAAGCGAAAAGGUUGACACUGAGGACACUAAACAUUUUGAAAAGAAAACCACUGAUAAAACGGAAGACGACAGGACACUUGAAGUUGAAGAUUCGGAAAGUGCAGAUCUGACUGUAGAAGUUGAAUCUAACGCAGAUAGUGAUGAAGAUGAAACUAACAUCAGAGUAAUCGGCUCUAACGAUGAAAUUGAAGAUAACGAUUUAGAUGACGAUGCUUAUGACGGCGGUAAUGAGGAUGAGUUUAAAAAACUAAACGAUCCUAAUUUUUGCAUAUCUGUGAUGGAAUACAACAGAGCUCCAGCGAGUUUACAUCCAACUUUAGAUCCUAUUGCUGAAGCCUCGUCAGAAUCGUUCCAAUCAAUGCCAUCGUCUAGUCGGGAUUCUACAAGUAUUAUUGAAAUUCAGGCAAAGCAGAGUUCGUUGCCAUGGCGUGAUACAAAUAAUGUAACAAAUACUUUUUCAGAAAACGGUAGAAUUAAGGCACGAGAUAAUAGAGUUGAUACAUUAAAAAUGCAGGGUUUGAAUGACAUAGAUGACCACCAAUAUGACAAAAAGGACGGGCACACAAACUAUGUCCAAGAGAUUGAUGGUAAAGAAAAUAAUCAUGAUAAAGUGCAUAGCAAAACAAGGAGUCAACGACAGAAAAGUGAUAAACCAAGAAUCACGUAUGCAGAGUACAAAAAUACCACAUUUGAAGAAAAUUACAAAGAGAAAUUUGAUUCUUCUUGUGCAUCGGCCAAACAUAGAUCAGGUAAAACUUCAAACGAAAAUACUAAGUCAAACACAUACAGGAAAACGGAACACCACAGAGAAUAUUCCCAUAGGAAAUCUAACGAUUCUAAGGAUGUUAAUGACGACAGUGAAAAGAAAAACAAAUCUAAAUCCAAGGAAGCUGCUAAGAAACUAAUAUCGAUAGACCUUCUUGGAGUCUACGAAGACAAUACAGAUCUUCAAAGGGUAUCGAGAAGUGAAAUAAACACCCCUAAACAAACAUCUCGUCCAGAAAAGGAAAGAUCUAAAUGCUCUCCGAAAAGAUCGCGGUCAGCAUCUCCUAAAAAGAAGCGAGGUCACGAAAGGAGGAAGUAUGACCUUAAACCUCUUCCACCGAAACUUAUUUCAAGUUCCAACAGUCGAAGUAAAUCUGCGGUCAACUCACAUCGAGUGAAAGCUGAGGUAUCAUCACAUAGCAGCAGUACAAGUUCAUUUGAAGAUAUGAAAGAUUCUUACAAGACUUUACAAAAUUUAAAAGAUGAAAGGCGAUAUAGAAGGCCAGAUACAGUUCUGUGGGAACGGCUAGAUAUAUCUGAAGGAGACACUAAAAAUAAACUAGAAAGGGUGAGAUGGGCGGAUAAAUGCGACAAUACACAUAGGUAUUCUGGACUAACUGAGGGAGACGCAAACGACAAUAGUGAUUUGAAUGGUCGCAGAGUAACAUGGAAUAUACCAAUAAAUGAACAAAUAAAAAACAUAACAGGUUCCAAGAAUGUGCCAGAUAUUACAAGACUGUCAAAAACUGUACCACGAGAAGAACGUGUUGGACGUCUUUACAUCGAUCUGAAACAAGAGCGUCGUGCAUCCGGGUUUGCAGAGUAUAGACGUCUUUGUGCUCCAGAGCAAAAAGAAGAUAUAGAUGAAUUCACACAUCUUUAAGGACAAUAUUAAUUAUUAACCAUGUGUAUGUCAUUGCUCAGACAGUGACCGAUUUGGCGGCGUCAAACAGAUCGUCUGCGAUCAAGAACUUUAGUUUGGAUGGGCCUAUUGUCACCUAGCUGGUGGUGUAUGCAUUUUUAUCGGGACAAAAGUUGUGAAAUGUAUCUAGGGUCACUUGGGCCAAGGCCAAGGUCGCAUUCACUAAAGGUAGAAAACAAUCCUCCCAAUAACUUUAGAAAUGAGAUAAACCAGUAUUGGCGAAUAGGUAGCUUAGGUGGAGAUGGUGUGAGUCCCCUUGAAUUAAGGUCAAUGUCACUGUUGCUAAAGAUAGAUAACUGAUGGUGAUGAUGUGAGUCCCCUUGAAUCAAGGUCAAUGUCACUGUUACUAAAGAUAGAAAACUGGUUUCCGCCCAAUACCUUUAGUUUGCUUAAACAUAUUGAUAUGAUUUACAGAAUGAGACUGUUUUAUCAGACUUAUUCUUGCUGCUAUAUCCGCUAUAUGACUAAAUAUGAAGUAGCGAAAAUGUGUAAAAAUUCGUCCAAUCCAGAAUUUGACAAUCACACUCAAAUUAAUUUGCAUUGUCCGUGAUACAAAAGAGUGGCAUGGAAAAAGAAAUGUAGAAUAUGAAAUUUUAUAGUAAUUUUGCAGUGUUGUCCUCACGUAGAUCAGGUAAGCAAAAUCACGGAAAUUUGCACCAGUCAUAUGACAAUGAAUGUCAGAGCAAGAGAGAAUCUUUUUUAAUUAUACAUCUCGACAUAAUAUAAGAAAAACUGUUUUUACAAUAAAUAAAAAUGUUUUAAUUUUU